AUGGCGACGGCGCCCCCGGGGUCGCUCCCCAUGAACCUGGGGUUCAUCGAGGUCGCCGUGAAGUUCGCGGAGGUGAUGCAGGAGUGCGAUAGGCUCUGCGCCGUGAAGGACCCGACGGAGGAGCCCUUCAAGUCCAAGUACGCCGCGGAGCGCGCGCUGAAGUCGCUCGCAUCGACGCUCACCGACGAUCGCGUCGCCGAGAUCGCGGGUCCCGACGAGCCCAUCGUGGAGGCGCUGCUCGACCUUCGCGCGCGUCUCGCGCACCGCCGCGGCGUCAUCGCGGUGGAGACGGAAGACCCGGCGAAGGCGGAGGGUCUCCUGGAGGACGCCGUGACGUGGCUCGGAGCCAGGGCGGGCGCCCCCGAGUGCGUCCACGCCCUCAUCGACUCGUGCAACCAUCUCGGGAUCGUCUGGACCAACCGAUCGGACCCGGAGAAGGCGAUGCCCCACCUGGAGCGCGCCAUGCGGGUGUACGAGGACCUCGACCCCAAGGACCCCGACGCCAAGACCCCGGCAAUUGAGCGGGCCUUCACCAACACCGUCUUCUACCUCGCGCAGGUGUACGGAUACGUCGGAAGGGACGAGGAAGCCGCGAAGCUGUGCGGCGCGUGCCUUCGACGCCAGUGCGAAGCCGUCCCAACCGCCGGGGGCAUCGGAUCGCGAGGGGGCGUCAAGGGGGCGUCGGUGUCGCCCGAGGAGUGGGCGCAGAACGCGGCGCAGCUCGCGGGGUUUUACGCGGCUCGCGCGUGCUGGGCCACGGCGAGGCACUGCGCGGCCGCCGCCGAGAAGGUCUUCGCCGACGCCAACCCCGGGUGGAAGAGCUCGGAGGUGGACACUUCGAGCUCGGAGGUCGAGGGUUCGAUACCCACCGGGAGCGGGCACGGCGUCGGAGCACUCGACGACGACGCUUUAAACGUCGGCGCCAACGUGCACCUCGCGUGGGCCAAGCUGCACUUGCGAAGGCUGACGGCGGCGACGGAACUCUUCGCCACGAGGGGCGCGACGGAGACGGGCGCGGGGGGCGAAGCCAAGCGGGCGGCGUCCACCGGCGACGAUAACGCGCUCAUCGUGUCGUUCCCGACGCUCCGGCUGGGCGACGGGGGCGCGACGUCAGCGACGGAAGCGGCGAAGACGGUGGGGAUCGUGUCGCAGGGUCCCGGAGAAGGCUGGGUGCCUCGGGACUUAGCAACCGCCAGGGCGGUUUUCAACCAGGCGGCGCGCAGGUUUCGCGCCGCGCUGGCCCGUUACAAACUCGACGGCUUCGUCACCGAGCACUGCGACGUCGUCCUCGACGUCGCGCGUCUGCACAAGCACCUGGCGUUCUUCGAGGAGUCCAAUCCGAGGCGGUACAACUCGUUACAGCGCCGCAGAGCCGAGCGAUGCGAACGCGUCGCGGCUGAGCUCUCGAGGGACAAAUACCCGGGACUGUACAAGACGCUCUGGUUCGAGUACGCCGAGGCGCACAGGGCGAUACUGGAGGGUAAGAUCCGGCGCGGUCGGCCGCCUUUGUCGCUCGGGGACGCCGCGAGGUGCGCGACGCGCGGGUACACGGCGUACGUGGACACGUUUGAGGACCAGGUGGGUUCAGAUCGGCUAAACCCGAGGCGGAUUAUCGAUUCGGAUGAGGAGAAGACGUACGUCACCGCUCGUUUCAUCCGCGCGAGGACGGCUUCGAAGCAGCACGGGCAGUUCGGUAGCGAGGCGGACGCGCUCGGCGUCGCGCUGAUCGAUUAUGAGUUCGUUCCCGCGUACGUCAAGGCGCACGGGUUGGUGGGCAUGGAGCAGGAGUCAGAUCUGUGCGAGCAGAUGUGCGCGCUCCUCCCGACGAAGAUCGUUCACCUCCGAUCGAUGGAGAAGAACGCCGGGAAGGAUCCGCUCGCCGUGGAUCCGCUCGCCGUGCAGUAA